CAUGAGAGGAAGAGAGCUAAUUGCCCAAAGGUAAACACGAAAACUAAUGCAUAAUAAAGCAUACUGGCCAUUCUUCAUACACAAUUAUAUAUGCUUUAAUUUCAUUAGUGAUUCUGGUUUCCAUACGGAAUCAACUGAGGAAGCAGGCUUCGGAUGGUAAUUAGUAGUGGGAAUCCUUGUCUGAAAAUGCAAUGCAGAAGCAGAAAUGAAUCCUGUUUUGGAAGCCAUGCAGAAGCAGAAAAUGGUCGGCGAGGUGGGGAAUGGGAGCAGCGACGGAUUGGGAGAACGAUAGCGAUGGUCGUACGAGGAGUGGCGGCGGGUUGGGGGAACGGCAGCAAUGGUCCAAGUUAAGGAUUACAGAUUGAAUUGGGUAUAAGGAUAUAAUUGUCAAAUAUAGUAUGAUUUAGGGCAAAAUAAUUUAAAUUUUAGGGCGACAAAUAGCAAUUCAGGUUUAUAAAACAAAAAAGGGAGAAACUUUAGGAGUGGACAACUGGAAAUGUUUAUAGCGGGCGGGUCAGACUCUGUCUUUCACUGAAAACCAGGCCACCCGAAAAGAGGGAAAAGGAAGGAAAAGAUACAUUUUCUUCCCCAGCUUUUCUUCUUGUCCCUCAUCGUUUUCCCUGUCAGCCUCUGUUUCCAGUUUCGGUUACUGUGACUUCAGCUCACCAGCAGCUUCCUUCCCUCUCCCACGCCCCAGUUUGGCAGCUUGGUUGUCUCUUUUACACUUUCCUUCUCUCCGAAGCCAGCCAGAGAAGCAUGCUUUCGCCAUUCUCUUCCUUCACGUUCAGAGCUUCUUCUUCUUCUUCGAGGGUGAUUGGUUUCUGCUUCAGUUUCCCAAUUUGAGCCGAGUCUCCGCUAAUUUCCUCUGUAAGUUGCAAUCUUUCCGCUGGAUUUGUGAUAAAUUGUGGAUUUUGCGUAAUGGGUUCGCAUUGACCUACUUUUUAGAGCUACUCAAUUCCAGUUAUACCCAGUUUCUUUGUCCUCGUCUGCCUGCAAUGGGAGAUGUGGCGAACUCCGAUGAUGGAGAGAGGGAGGCAGCAGAAAGUAAUGAACGCCACCAACAUCUUCUUCUCAGCAAGCUGAAGGCUGCCGAGAUGGAGAUCGAAGAUUUGAAGCAAAUGAGGAAGGAGGACGGGAAGGCCAACGAGAAAGUCGUCGGGAUUUUUGCUUCUCAGGAGCAGACCUGGUUUAUAGAGAGGAAGAAGCUCAGGCUGCACAUUGGAGCCCUAAUGAACCAAUUGAAUCUUUUCCAGAACGAGAAAGAACAAUCCAUCUCUGAAUUGCACGACAAAAUUGGGGGAAUGGAGGGUUUGUUGCAGGCGAAGGAUAAGACAUUAGAGGAAGAAGAGAACAAGAGGAAGGAAUUGGAAGAGAAGCUGACUAGAGUUGAGAAUUUGGCGGAAGAGUUGAGGGAAUCCAUGAGAAAGGAAGCUCAGGAGCAUUCUGCGGAUCUGUGGAAACACAGGACUGCAUUUCUCGAGCUUGUUUCCAACCAGAGACAGGUUGAAGCUGAGAUGGGUAGAUUGGUGAGGCAGCUUGAGGUUAAAAGGCAGGAGUUGAAUUCGGCUAUGGAGCAGAAGGAGGAAUCAGCUGCAGAAGUUGUGAAACUGAGAAUGGAUUUGGAGCAGAAAGAGAAGAUCUUGUCUGCAAUUUUGAGGAGAACGAAGGUUGAUGUGAGUGAGAAGCAAAUGCUGCUCAAGGAAGUGAAGGUUUCCAAGGCCAGAAGGAAGCAGGCCGAAUUGGAGACAGAAAGAUGGAAGGCUGCUGCUGCUGCAUCAGAGACUAGGCAUGAGAAGAAGCAGCAUUCAUUGAGAAGCAUGUUUGCAAAUGCCAGUCAAGAUGAUGAUGGUCUCACGAAAGGUAGAUCAUCAUAUUCUAGUGAUAAUUAUGUGUUUGAGUACGAGAAUCCUGAGUUCUUGAACGACCCGGAUACGGCUUCCUCCCCUUUGACUGAUGACUACUCGCCUGUUGGAAGGGCUGCUGAGCUAGCUGAUGUAAGGAGAUUGGAAGGAUGGAUUAGAAUGGAAGCAGAAAGGUAUGCAGAAGCAAUCGAGAAGAGGCAUCAUGUGGAGAUUGAUGCUUUUGUGGAGCAGUUGAGGCUGAAAGAUGAAAAGCUGGAAGCUUUUCGAAGGAAGUUUCUGAGCAGUCAUAUAGAAUCCAAUAGAGUGCAAUCUCACCUCGAAUCACUGAACCAAGAGUUAUCCCGGCUAAGGCAUGAGAAUAUGAAACUUGAAGCAUUACUGCUGCAGAGUAAGGAAGAAGUGAGCUGUCUUCAACAGCAAGCAAGAAUGUCUCAAUCAGAACAACAGCUUCAAGUAACCAUUUCCGACCAACCCAAGAAUGGUAUAAUGGUGGUUGUUGAGUCCCCUGAUAAGGAGUUUGAAGAAGAGAAGCAUGUAACCGAACAGGGUCCUACAAUUAACGAAGGAAGCCCAAGCUCCAUGGGAGAGAUUGAGAGUGUGAAAAGCGUAGCAACAACCAGCAAUGCAUUGGUCAUCAGCACAAAUGGCAGCAGUAAUAAUCUAUGGAGGAUGGACCUCCAUGCCCUUGGAGUCUCUUACAAGAUCAAGAGGCUGAAGCAGCAGCUCCUCAUGCUGGAGAGAUUGACAGAAAAGCAAGAGAGUGGUGAAGAAGAUUCAGGUGAUCAAGACAAUGGGGUAAAGGACUUCUUGAUGCUGAUAUCACUGCUCAACAGGCAAAUCAGUAGGUACCAGACCCUCCAAGCAAAAACUGACGAACUCUGCCAGCGCAUGCAUGACAGUGAUGUGGAGACCUCUUCUUCUUCUUCGAAGAGGGAAGAGAGAAGCAAGGGAGAGAUGAAGAGAUUGGAGCAUUACUUGGAGGAGACGUUUCAUGUGCAGAGGUACAUGGUGUCAACAGGGCAGAAACUGAUGGAUGUGCAGUCGAAGAUUGGUUCAGGGUUCGUGGAGGUACCCGAAGAGCUGAAUAAAUCAGGAGGAAGCAUCAACAUAAAGAGAUUCGCGGACAACGUGAAGGCGUUGUUGCAGGAAGUCCAGAGAGGUCUCGAGGUUCGAAUCGCACGAAUCAUUGGGGAUCUCGAAGGGACCUUGGCUUGCCAAGGGAUGAUACGUUUGAGGCGGUAAUUAUAUACACUUAUGUGAUGUAUAGUCUAUAGCAGAGCCAGAGAGACACAUGAAAUAUAAUCUUACUGUAAUAAGAAGGAAAGUUGUGGCGUGAUCAACAAGUUAGCAGAUGUUCAUAGUUUGUUCUUUGUGUAUAGGCUGAGAGUUCCAUUAUACAAAUCGAUUACCUAAACGAGCUCAACCUGUCACUAAAUAUGCAACCCUAUU